AUGCCCGACCUGACCCUAAAAUCCACCCUCCCUCUCGGCGACACCUCGCUACAAAUACCCCGCCUCGGAUUCGGCGUGUACCUCUCUCCCGCCGACGUGUGCCAACAGUCGUGCCUCUCCGCCCUCGAGGCAGGAUACCGGCAUAUCGACACUGCACAAUUCUACGCCAACGAAGCACAAGUCGGCGAAGCAGUACAAGCAUCUGGAAUCCCCCGCAAUGAAAUCUUCAUCACCACCAAAAUCCUCUCCGCGGCCGGCAGCGUCGAGAAAUCCUAUCAAAAAUGUGUCGAAAGCGUGAGGAAAAUCGAUCCACGCGAAGAUGGCUACGUCGAUCUGUUUCUCAUACAUAGCCCAAACGCCGGCAGUAAAGUGCGCAAGGAGCUGUGGCAAGCUCUAGAGCGGCUAUACGAGGAGGGCAAGGCGAAGAGUAUCGGUGUCAGUAACUUCGGCGUUGUGCAUAUCGAGGAGUUGAAGACUUAUGCGAAGAUCUGGCCGCCGCAUGCUAAUCAGAUAGAGCUACACCCAUGGUGCCAACAACGGCGCAUCGUGCAAUACAACACGCAACACUCGAUCAUCACGGAAGCUUACUCGCCGCUUGUGCGCAACUACAAAGCCAACGACCAGACCCUCAAAUCGCUGGCCACGAAAUACCACAAGUCAACCGCCCAGAUCCUUAUCCGCUACUCGCUGCAGAAGAACUGGGUUCCGCUGCCGAAGAGCGAUAAUCUGGAGUACAUCACCUCGAACGCAGAUGUGUUUGAUUUUGUGAUCAGCGAGGAGGAUACGGCCGUUCUGGAUGCGUUGGAUGAGGGAGAGAGCGGUGCGAUUGUGCAGGCUGUUGAUAAUGAUUGA